UGAGAGAGAGAGCGUGUUGUUUUUUUUUUCUUUAAGAGACCGGUAAGGGCGGCUCGUGGUAGGAAAUGGUCAUUUGAAAAAUCACAUGAUCUGCGCCAUGGCUGCAACUUUCAGCAGCAUAUCCUUGUUUAGACGCCCAUGGCUCGUCAUGUUUCUCACUCUAGCUUUAAUUUUGCACCUUUCCAUGGCAUCUGACUCUACUUCAUGCAAUGGAAGUGAGAGAGAGGCACUCUUGGGACUAAAAGCUUCCUUCUUUCCCCCUAAUGAGACCAUAGAAGGAGUUGAAGAUUUGGAUUCAUGGAAGGGGCUCAAUUGUUGUGACUGGGAAGGGGUAGAGUGCCACAACACAACAUAUCAUGUGGUUGGUCUCAACUUGAGUUCACUUCGGUCCAAUGCCAACUUACAGAGCGAAAAUUUUGAUGCAAAUCUGUUAACUCCACUUGAGCAAUUGCAAUACCUGGUCUUGAGCAAUAACAAGUUAGGUGGCGAGCUGCCCGUCGAAGAGAUUUCGAGCCUGAAGCAUUUAUAUUGGUUGGACUUGUCCAAGAAUUCGUUCGAGGGCAAAAUUCCCGAAGAGAUCGAUCAACUCUUGUCCCUGAGGCAUCUCAAUCUAUCGAAUAAUCAGUUGCAGGGGAGGCUUCCAGAGUCCUUAGGCAACAUAUCAUCACUCCAGUUUCUUUCUCUCUCCACAAACCAACUUCAAGGAACCAUCCCUCUGUCUUUUGCUAAUCUUUCCCUUUUGAAGGAUCUUGAUUUAGAGGACAACCAACUCGAAGGAACCAUCCCACCCAUUUUCGAUAAGCUUCGCUAUCUCGAGCACUUAAACUUAUCUCGAAACGAUUUCUCCGGUAAUUUUUCAUUCUCAAUGCUUGCUAACCAUCCUAACCUCACAAUUGUGAACCUCUCCCAUAACAAUAAGUUGGUCAUUUUGCAGACUAAUGAUACUCCUGCCUUUCAGCUUGUUGAGCUAGAUUUAUCUUACUCUGACAUGUCCAAAUAUGACCUUAGUGUUCCUGGUUUCCUAUCAAACCAAAAAACCCUAAGCAAACUCCUCCUUGCGUACUCCAACUUAUCUGGUUCCAUUCCCCCUUGGGUGCUGGGAGCCUCACACAAUUGGCUCUAUUUACAUGGAAAUAUGUUCACAGGUCAACUUGUAUUACCUCCCACCCCUACUGAUCUUUUGAAAUUGGAUCUCUCUAACAACAGAUUGAGUGGAGAACUACCUAAAGAGUAUCACUCCUUUUUCCCCCAUUUGUCCGAGAUAAACGUGUCCGGAAAUGUGCUCACUGGAAAUGUAGCUUCUUACCUUCACGCGUUCCAGGGUUUGGAUAUGCUAGACUUGUCAGUGAAUAAGAUCUCAGGUAAUCUACCCCUUGAACUGAGCCUUAAUUUGUUGUUUCUAGAUUUAACAAACAACCAAGUCACAGGAAAUUUGCCUGCUAGUAUAACAUAUGGAAAUCGAUUGAGGGCUCUAUGGCUAUCCAAUAACCACUUGACUGGACCAUUGCUAUCUGAGAACUUUAAUCUGUUGCAAUUGGAAUCGUUACGUCUUGAUGGCAAUUCUUUUAGUGGAACCAUACCGAAGAAUCUAUUUCUGCGUAUUCCAUCUCUAAAGGUCCUAAACAUUAGAAAUAACAACUUCUCUGGUUCCAUCCCUGUCGAGCUAGAAGAACUAUCCAAUUUGCAGGUGUUGAUCUUAAGAGAAAACCGUUUCGAAGAUGGGCUUCCAGUUAUGUGCAUGGUGAAGAGGCUAACCAUCUUAGAUCUCUCGAGGAACAACCUUCGAGAAUCCAUACCUCCCUGUUUCCAAAAUAUCUCUUCUUGGGUACAAAACAGUGGGCCAUCAUUAGAGUCCCUAAAUUCCACACGUAUCGGCACCGAAACAUCUUAUAGGGAAGUAGUCUCCUUCACCAAGGGUAACAAUUAUGAUUACUUCGGCCUCACCCUCUCUUUGAUGACUGGCAUAGAUCUUUCUCAAAACCAACUGCAAGGCCAUAUUCCAACUGAACUGGGGCUUUUGAAAGGCUUAAUUGUUUUGAACAUCUCAAACAAUCACCUCACAGGAUCCAUCCCUGCAUCCUUUGAUCAGUUACGACGAAUCGAAGUCUUGGAUCUUUCGAAUAACAAGCUUGAGGGAAGAAUACCACCCCAACUAGUCCUCCUAUACUCACUCUCUACUUUCUCUGUUGCAAAUAACAAUCUAUCUGGGGUUGUUCCUAAUGGAUUUCAAUUCUCAACCUUUAGUGAGAGCUCCUAUCAUGGAAAUCCUGGAUUAUGUGGGUUUAUGGGAAAACCUUGCUCGACCACUCUUCCUCCAAGUGAAGUCAAUGAGGAUGAAGAAGAAGAUUCAAUAUGGGAGAAAGACAAUCUUGUGUUAUAUGCUGUCAUUGCAAUGGGUUUUAUUGUUGGUUUUUGGGGGGUCUUGGCAUUUUUCUUUCUGAACAUGAAAUGGAGGACUCUGUGUUUUGAAACCAUGGAUAGGAGUAUCAGCUCCCUUUCCUUGAGGGGGAAAAGUAGAGGUUAUUCUUCUUUUUCUUCUAGUGGAGUUACUAGUUAUUCUGUACUCGGUAAAUGAAGCUAGUGACAGAUAUCAUGUUUUGUAAAUUUACAUGACAUAAUGUAUACAGAUAAAGCAUGCUGGUAUGGUAUUAUUUAAAAAAAAAAA